AUGGCUCUCACGCCUCGAAUGAACCCCUACCUGCGGCUGCUCUUUCGCCUCUACGAGGCUCUCGUUCUUCUCUCCAUCAUCCGUCCGGUAGGCGGCCCGCACGUCGUUUCUCAGCUCGGAAACUACACACUGCAAGACAUACGAAGACGCUUCUUCAAAAACUUGGCAUUCCUCUGCGAUUACAAAAAGGGAGGCAGUAGUACUACUGCCAUUGGCGUAGAGGACAGUAUCGACUGCUAUAUUUUCUGGGUUGCGUCAAACGAGGGCGCCGGGGACAGAGUCGUGCACUUUCUCAAAGAGACACUCGAGAAGUUACAGAAGUUUGUUGAGCGGGUCGAUGAUCGCGCGGCGGCGGAGGACGGCUUGGUGGCUUGGUGCACUGCGUUUGCCUCUGAGCGAAUCAAGCAGGAGGCUAGGAUCCUUCGCAACUCGGCUACAAAGUGUCAGAAUUCUCCAAAGGGUAGCGACGAAGAAGCUGGAGCCUUGUGCCGGGCGGCGUAUCGUUCACGAAACGACGAUGAAAUGCGCCGCAUCGAACAGCUCGGCCAGGAGUCUGAAGACGUUUUGCAUCCGGCGCCGGUUACCGCUGCGUAUCGUGCCGUCAGACACAUGGUUGGUCGUCUGGCCGCUCGCAUCCGCAGCGUCAACCAGCUCCUCGACGACGCGAGCCGCAUGGAGACGUUUCUCGAGACCUACCAAGUCAGAGCUGUGGAACGUCCCAUCAGCGCGGAAGUCCCGGCGGCGGAUGCGCACACGACUUUACCGCGUAUCCUGAACCGUAUUAUACCAGAUACGGAUGCACAAUAUGAGUCGCACCUAGGAUUCCUCCAGCGUGUGGACUCUCAAGUUCAGAUCGAGUCCAAGCUCCAAGCCAAGUUCCAAGUUGGUGGACUGCAGACUUGCGUCCAUGCAGAGAUCCAGAUGCUUCAUCACUUCUGGGAUAGUGGAUGCCGAUACGUCUCAAAUGACCGUUAUAUCGCCUGUAGCAAGCCGGCGUGCAUCGGCUGCGAGUCGUACGUGCGACAUCAUCCCGCUCGAGCCACUCUGCUUGACAACCACCAAAACGUCUAUGCGAACUGGGGGGUUGUAAGUCUCCUGGGCGGUACCGGAAACGACGGAUGGAAAAAUCAGCGGAAGAUCAUCAAUAAUGUGAUUGGAGACUUAAAAGCCAUGGUGGUCGAACAACUCGAGGAGCUCCAAACGACUACUAUCAAGCAUCCGGAUUCCUUGACCGGGAUCACUGCGUCGCUGGUUGAUAUUGGCGACGAUUCGGGGUCUGACACGGAGGAGGCGGAUGGAAGUCAAGCUGGUCCGUCAAGUGAAGUGUUCGGUUUGGACAGUGCUAUCGGCCUACUCAAUCUUCAACACGAUACUAUAGGGGGUCACCCGCAGGAGUCUGAGGAUGACAGGCAGCUCGAGAAUGAUGAUAAGGUCAAUGGCGAUGACGAAGCCGAGAAUGAUGAAGGGGGCGGUGUUCAAAUUUGA